AUGUCACAAUCACUACUUGAACAGCUCUUGGAUAUGGGCUUUGAGAAACAACGUGCUGAGCUGGCCGUCAAGAAGUCAGACGGGUUGCCGGAUGCCAUGGACUGGUUGGAAAAAACUCAGGAUACGCCUAUAGACGAGCUUCUCGAGGAAGAAAGCUCCGGUGCCAACGUUGCCAAAGUCGAUGACGGCACCGUAGCAAUGUCACUCGUUUGUAACGAGUGUGGCAAGAAAUUCCGCAAUCCAAACGAAGCUGAAUUCCACGCCACUAAAUCAGGUCAUACCGAUUUCGCCGAGUCCACUGAGGAGAUUGCCCCUCUCACUGAAGAGGAGAAGAAGAAGAGACUUGAAGAGCUCCGGGAGCGUGUUAAGGCCAAGAGAGCCGGCCAGGCCGAAGUGGACAAGGAAGAGCAAAAGCGAAAUGAGAAAAUCCGCCAAAAGGCAACGAGAGAGUCCCACGAAUUGAAGGAGGAACUUCAGCGUAAGGAGCAAAUGAAGGAAGCAGCCAAGAAGCGACAAGAGAAGCUUGAUGACAUGGAAGCUAAGAAGCGCAUCAAGGCCAAGAUCGAGGCUGAUAAGGAGGAGCGUCGUCGCAAGGCAGAGGAGGCGAAGGCCGCGAGAGAGGGCCGAUCCGUCCCUGUUCCCGCUGCCGCCCCGACACCCACUCCGGCUGCUACCCGACCUGCUGCCACUCACAACGAAACCCGCCUAAGACUACAAACAUCUGGCGGCAAUGUCAUGAAGACAUUCCCGGCGGAUACUACCCUUUUUGAGGUUGCACAGUCGCUAGAAUCGGAGAACGGGCUUACCGUUACCAAAUUCAUCCAGAAUUUUCCCCGAAAGAUUUUCGAAGGAACUCUCGAUCUCGGCAAGACUCUGAAGGAAGCUGGAUUGGUCCCUAGCGCUGCUCUUGUCGUACAAUGA